AUGACUUUGUAUAUAGAUACAAAACUAUCAUUUGUGGAAACAAAUAUAAUUUCUACUAUUGGUUCUUGGCAUCCCUGUUUACCACUUUUAGCUGUUGGUUCAUAUAAUCAGGAAAAGGGUGGUUCAGUAUCAAUUUUCCAGGAAAAUGGUCAACUCCUGGAAGGAUGUGACUGGCCUAUUCUACUAUCAAAUCAAGUAACUGCUUUGGCUUGGCAUCCAGUAAGACGAUUACUUGUUGUGGGAUGGGAUGGAGGUGAACUUUAUAUUUGGUUAGAAUAUGCGUGGGCUCGUUUAGAAGCUCCCCAUAAUGCAGCCCUUACCACGGUAACUUUUAGCCCUGGAGGAGGAAGACUCAUAGCAUCGGAUGCUACAGGUUCUGUAUCAGGCUGGCAAUCUAGUUCAGGUGCACCAUUAACAGCUUUUCAUCAUCAACUUAGUGAUGUCAUUACACAUGUGACCUUUUGUGCUCCUAUUCCAACUUCUGAAACAUCAAUUAGAGGACUCGCCCGCGCUGCCGUUGCUGGUGACGAAAAUGCGUUAGAUGUGUUAGCUGCUUGGAGACCUCGUACCACAGCAAAAAUGAGAGAGGGCUACCAACCUGACAAUCAUGCUUGUUAUGCUGCUCAGGAUAAUGGUGUGGUCUUAUAUAUUGAUCAUUCUGGGUCAUGUUCUGAAGUUCUAAAUGCGUCUGGAGUUAUUGUCUUUCUGGGUAUAAUUAGUAAUAUGUAUCUCCUUGUGGCAUGUGAGACAUCUGGAGCAAUAAGUUUAUCUAGAUUCAUAAUGUCUGAUGAUGGCUCUCUAACCACAGACAGUCAUGUGAAGAUGUCAUCAAAGAAUGGCCAGAGCAUAGCACUGGUUGCAAACUUUUCAGUAGCAGUUAUCACUGGUGAUAAAGUUAUUAGAAUAUGGGACAGUGAGACUGGUGACAAUGAUGUUUUACCUAAUGAAGAAGAAGAUACAGCGGCUGGCGAAACUUUUACCAGUAUAAGCUUCUGCAACUUAAGUGAUACGCUUUGUUGUGGCACAUCUCAAGGAAAUUUAUAUCUGUGGAGACAUGAUCAUAAAAAUAAAUGGAAGUUACUUAGUUCUACUUCGGUAAAAGGAACAGUAAAAGAAAUUUCUUGGGGAUCUGAAGGCCUAAUGAAUCCACUUCUGCACGUUAAUUGCAUAACAAGUGCUUUUGUUUUAACAGAACAACAUGUAUGUUGGGGGUAUUCACAAAGGAUAUGUAUGGUACAAAAGUCGGCUAACGAAAUUAGUGUAUCAGCACAGAACAAUGUCUCAAGCAUAAUGACUUCUAUAACGAUUAAAACAUUUGCAUUUAAAGAAAAUUACAUAGCAUUAGGUGAUGGAAACGAUGUACAGAUUUGGAUGUGUUCAAAAGAUGAUGAACUCAAAUUUUCACACAUUCGAACCUUCUCAUGGAAGACUAGUGCACUUUUUAUGUACAAUGAUAUUUUGGUUGGAAUUGCCAAUCCUCACAUAGAAUGCUAUUCUAUUAUCGGCACUAAACUAGGAAUCCUACCGAGCAUCGAAGGAGAGGGUGAACCCAUUGCCGUGACUAAUACGAACAAGUUUAUAGUUGUCGCUACUAUAGACGGAGCUUUAAAAUUGGCUGAAAUCACGAAAAAGGGUUUAAGAAUGCCUUUUCCGCCGAAAAAUUGUUUUCAAGCUUUCGAAGAUUUUGGCGAAGUAAUGAGAGCCUCGGUGAAUGCGAGCGGUAGUUAUAUCUGUUUGAGUAUAGCUAACUCCGGAUUAGCACCGGAUCCUAACAUUUAUUUGUGGGACAUAGCAAAUGAUAAAAUAUCCUUCACCUCCAUUACGGACUAUCACACCGCACCAUAUCAAAGCGUGCCUAUUUCCAUUCUGUGGGAUGUUUUCGAUUCUAGACUUGUUGCAGUUCACAUGCGCUCAGUUGACUUUGAUCGAAUUCACUUAUUUUUUUGUCACGAAGGAGUUCUUUACGAGUAUAAAAAUUGGUGCCCGACGUUAGAAAGUUAUUUUCAAAAUGAUUUUAUAUUAUGUUCCCUUAGCUCACCGCACGUCGUAAUACUCACUCACCAAAACAUGAAGAAAAUCUUAUUCAAUGAAUUCGAAGACGGCAAUGAACACGACAGCCAUAAAGUAAAAGAAACCUUGAAUUUUCUAUUUUUCAUGAGCACUGGGCUUUUGGAAAAGGCUGUAAUUAUAGGGACCAGUAUAUCAGGGUUAAAAAGCUCUGUAAUAUGGGACAGUUUAGCUAAAGAAUGUGUGCUUCGAAAACGAGCAGAUGUAGGUGCAGUAUGUCUUAGCAAAAUGGGUAAUAUUAAGGGUGCUUUGAUGAUGCGAAAAGUAAUGACCGACGAUAGCUUAGAGGACACUUGUAAGGUUGGUGUGCUCGCUAUCAAUCUUGGUAUGAUAGAUGAAGCGCAGAAUUUGUUUCGUAAAAGUCAACGACUGGAUCUUAUUACGCGCCUAGUAUCUUCAAAAGAAGGGGGAUUAAACGAAAUUAUAAAUGAAGACAGCGAAGGUGAAAAUAUUCUACUUAUAAAAAGUGCUCAGCAUAAAUUAGCGAAAAUAAUGUGGAUGAAUGGAGAUACUAGUGCAUCACUGAAACUAUUCGAAAAAGCGGGUACGCUAGUUCCGCAUGUGCCUAGAAUGCUUAUUGCUCAAGGACAGGCGACGAUGCUCGCUCAAUAUGUCUCUACGUCAAAUGAUACUAGCCUGAUCACGUGGUGGGGACACUAUCUUGAAAGUAUCGGAGAUUUGGACGGUGCCUUGGAAGCAUAUUCCCGUGCCAACGAUUUUGGAGAGCAAACGAGACUUUUGUGUCACAUGGAGAGAUUAGAUGAAGCUGAUAAACUUUGUCGUAAGAAUUCUUCAUCGCUUUAUCAAAUGGCGCGUUAUCUGGAAGUUAAUACGAAUGAAACUGAAAAUGUCGUUAAGAUGUAUAUAAAAUGUGGCGCUAUUGCUGCAGCUAUUCGAGUUGCAGCCGAAGCUAGUGCAUGGCACUUGGUGUGGAGGGCUGGCUCGUCAUCCACAAAACAUGCACUUUAUGCUGCUUCAAUUCUGGAAAAUGCGAGUCAAAACGAGCAAGCUAUUGCACUAUAUCAAAAAGCUGGAAAACCUCAUAUGGCACUUAAGCUUGCGAUGAGUUGUGGAGACACAAACGCAAUAGUGGCCGCUGUUGAGUCUUUGGGUGACCGUGUGGAACCGGCCUUAGCAGACACCCUGGCGAAACAUUUGAGACACGCUGAACAUCAUUCGCAAGCUGCGGCCUUGCUAGCAACUGCUGGAAAAUACGAAGAAGCUUUAGAUAUAGUGGAGGAGUCGACUGCACCAAUUACUGAAGAGCUAAGUGAGCGUUUAGCAGCUCCAGCGGGUACGAGUGGGCGUGAGGUGCUGUUGCGAAGAUUAGCAGAUAUGUUGGGUGCGAGAGGUCUUUACCACCAAGCAGCCAAAAGACUGGCCAAUGUUGGUGAUAAGGCAGGUGCAAUGCGUUGGCUAAUUCGUUCUGGUGAUGCGGAUCGUAUAGCGACUUUUGCUGCUGCGAGUCGGGAUCGAACCGCACAGUUGAUGGCCGCAGACUACUUGCGCAGAAGAGCGCCCUGGAGGUCCAGGCCAGACCUCACGAGACACAUUUUACACUUCUACACGAGGGCUAAGGCCUAUGGAAAACUUGCAUCCUUCUAUGCGGAAUGUGCUAAACUGGAAAUUGAUGAAUAUGAGAAUUACGAAAAGGGAUUGGAAGCACUGAAAGAAGCAUCAAGGUGUAUAGCUAAAUCUUCAGAUCCCGAAAUGAGUUCCCAGUCUUUAGCUCUUCAAGAGCAAAGUUCGUUGGUGAAGCGAUACAUCGAUAUUAAGAAAACACUUGUAGGCGGGGAUAUAAAUGCAGGUGUCAGCAGUGGCCAACAACUUAUACGCAGCGUGAGUGGAAGACCAGGCCUUGUCACUCAAGAGAAUGUCCUAAAAAUGCUGUUAUUAUUUGCACCAACUCAUCCAGAUCUUGAACGAUUGGAACAACAGUUGAAAUCACUUCAAAUACAACCACAAGACGAAAAUUCAACAUCAGAAUCUCCAGAACAAAGCAUUGAAGAAGUCAUGUAG